AUGAAGUCGACGUCCGGAACCACAUUCGGAGCGAGGGAACGACUCGCGUUCGCCCUCUUCUGCGGCACAUCCGUGUUUGGUCUCCAGGCUGUUGCCGCGACAGAUGACUUCAACGGCUCCUCCUACGCUAGGAACGUGUCGCUUGACACCAACGUCGACAUCUUCUGGACUAUCGAUCUCGAGGCCGAAACAAUUCGUGUGGCCGUCCAUGCCAAAGCUGCCAGCGGCUGGGCGGGCGUAGGCAUCUCUGAGAUGGGGGGCAUGGAGGGCGCCGACAUCGUGUACUACGAGAUAGCUACGGGGAAUGUGACCGACGCUCACUCCCUUGUGGCGGGUGCGCCUGUCGUCGACGAAUGCACGCAAGACUGGACCUUGCUAUCGGCAGACGCCAGCAGCGGGGGCCUUGUGUUCGAGGCGGAGAGAGCUCUAGACACGGGAGACGCGCAAGAUCGGGUCUUCGAGGACGACAGCCUCGACGGAGCCCUAGCCACGAGACUCCUCGCCGCGUGGGGCGACUCGGAGUCCCUGGGCUACCACGAUGUAAACUUUGCCAAAGGAGAAGUCGUCAUGUUCGGCGGAUCGGAGAGCGCUGACGCGGCCGAACCGCUGGUCGAGGUCAAGGCUAGUGAGGACUUCAGCUAUUUCGAUGUUGCGCCGAAAAACUUUACCAUCCCGACUGAGCGCACUUGGUACGAAGAGACUUGUAUCAAGGCUUCGGAACUACCCAACCUCGACGAGUACCACGCGAUCGGUUUCGAAGGCAUUCUCCAAGAAGACACCGCCGAGUUCGUGCACCACCUCGUGCUGACCGGGUGGUACGGCCCGCCCGACUGCGGAGACGCCUGCUUCGAAUGGCUGGACGAAAUCUUUGGGGGCGACGGCUCGGACUCCUACGACUCGGAAGACCUUUCCUCCUCGAACCCCCUGGACCUUUCUGGCACGUCUGGCUCCUCCUCUUCAUACUCGUCGUCCUACAUCACCACGUACUUCGAAAGAAACAACAUCACCCUUCCUUGGUUCUGCUACAACCUCGACGACACCGCCGACAUCUUCACCUGGACUCCCGGGCCGCGCAACUUGGAGCUGCCUGAUGAUGUCGGCUUCCUGUUCGGAAACGAGUCGGGGGGAUCAACUCCUUGUCGAUAG